GGGUGGCGCCAAGGCUUGACAACAAAGCGGCUGUUAGAUUCAACAUGGCUUCAAAAACAGAGCAUCUCCUCGUCGUUGUGUCCAUCCUGGAAGGGCGUAACUUCCCAAAGAAGCCUCAGCUCAGUCUGGUGGUCCAGGCGAACUUUAAUGGCGAGCAGCUGGCCACAGACCCGGUGGAGCAUCGAGAGCAGCCGCAGUUCAGCACUGAGCUGGCCUGGGAGCUCGACCGCAGGACGCUCCACCAGCACAGGCUGCAGAGAACUCCUAUCAAGCUUCAUUGUUUUGUGAUCGACCCAGUGAGUAAGAGGAGAGAAAGCGCCGGGUACAUUGUGCUGGACCUUCGAUCUAUGCAGGACAUCAAACAGGAGCCUCGCUGGUAUCCUCUGCUGAGCAGUAAAUACACCAAACAGAGACCAGAGCUGCUGCUCAGCAUGCUGCUGGAGAUUGACACCAAAGUGUCGGAGCCGUCUUCUUAUAGGUUCAAAGCCAAGAAAGCCCCGCCCCGACAAGGAUCUCCUGUAGUAACCGAUUUGCUCCCGGACAAACUGGAGGCCACGCUGAUCCCGGAUCAGGGCUAUCAUCAGAUCGGCCCCGCAGAUCUCUCCUCUGAUAUGUUUGUCCUCUCCGUAACCGUGGCCUUUGCUACAAAACUAGAGCAUUUGAUUCCCAGCACCAUGAAACUGUCAGCAGAGGGCUCAGGGUUCUUCUUCUACUAUUCUUUACUUGGUAAUGACAUCACCAGUGAGCCUUUCUACAGCCUGCUAAGCCCUGACUUUGAGCCAGAGCGCGCCUCUGUGCGCAUCCGCAGCAGCAAACAGAUCCUCCAGACCUUCCUGUCACAGCAGCCUAGUUUAGAGAUCCAUCUGUGCUGUGGGAAUCACUCUCUGGGCAGUACAGAAGUUUCUCUCUCUGCUUUAGCCAAUGUUUCUGUCGAUCUGGAGAACAAAGCAGCGACGGUGGAGGGAGCGUUCAUCCUCAGACCUCCUACGAGUCAAACGACGACGACGGCUCUGCCUGCUGACCUGCAGCCGACUGUGGGAGUCGCUGUUACUCUACGGAGGGAAGAGGUCACACCACAGUCUUUAGGCAGUAAAAAGGCUAGCGAAGCCCAGCCAACAUCCAAGCCUCCAUCAGAGCCUCCUCCCUCUGGCCCUCCUGCUGAACAGAGACCGGAGAGUUCCUCUCCAGUUCGAAAACCCCCCGACUUCUCCCCUCCUGCUGCUCCUCCAUCCUCUCACACAGAGAGUGAAGCAGAGAGUCUGCUGCAGGAGCUUCAGCACGCCAAAGAGGCAGAACUGGCAGCUGCAGACAUGGAGGUUCCUGUGCCGCAGCAGAGUCAGGCUGAAGCACCAGCAGAGGGCGGAGCUUCUUCUGUCAGUGUCUCUGCUCCCAAAGUGUCCAUCCCCUCCUCCGCCCAUCACUUUUGCUUCUCUUUGGAACUUCGGGGCCUAAGAAACCUCAGCCUGACACACCCCAUCAACGCUACACUGCGGUAUUCAUAUCCGUUCUUCGGCAGUGCAGCUCCCAUCAUGACCAACCCUCCUGUGGAGCUGCAGAGGAACAUGGAGGCGACGCCGCCUAAGUCGUACUGUGCCUUCGCGUUUGCCGCUCUGCCUCAUCAACUACAGGAAACCUUCUUCAGAGUUCCACUGGUGGUGGAGGUGUGGCACAGAGACUCCACCUGCAGAGAUCAGCUAAUUGGCCGAGCCUCCAUCUGGCUGUCUCACCUGCUGACCUCUGAGAGGACUCGUCUGCUCUCAUCCAGCGGAGAGGAGGGCUGGAGACAGACGCACAAAGAGCAGAUCCCCGUCAUCACAGCACAGCACCCUGGUGAAAAAGUGGCAGAGCUGAGCUACGUAGCCACACUGGAGGACCUCGGUUUGAUUAAAGCCAGAGAAGUAAUUGUGUCGGACUCUUCACAGACUGAGCCUGUGGUCCCCACACAGCUGCCCCCUGACCCUGCAGCCCACAGACCUGCUGCUCCCACUCUGGACCCUAUGCCUACAGCGGCCCCUAGAGACACCCUGGAGUACCGGAAGGCCCUAGAGCUGGAGCUGUGGAAGGAGGAGCAGGAGGAUCUGUUUGAUGAUCAGCUGAGGAAGAAGGAGCUGAGCCAUAUGCAGGCUCUGGCGGAAGAGUGGAGGAAGAGAGACCGAGAGAGGGAAGCUCUGGCGAAGAAAAAGGAGAUGGAGUAUAACGUGCUGGAGGAGAAGCUUCAAAAGACUCUGUGUGAUCUGGAGAAACGAGCGAAACAGCUGGAGGAGGCGGAGCUGGAGACUCAGCGUCAGCAGAGGGAGCUGAGAGCUGAACACGAUCUGACCCAGAGAGAGCUGCAGGAGAGAUGCAGGAGGAUGAAGGAGGACUUCGACCACCGGGUGGCGCUGGAGAGAGACAAAGUGCAGCUAAUGGAGGAGGAGAGAGGCCGGCUUCUGCAGCAGCUGGCGGAUGCAGAGAGUCGAUAUAAACAGCUGGAGAAAGAGUUUCAGCUCUACAGAGAACAGCAAAACAUCAGACCAGAGGUCAGACUGCAGUCAGAGAUCAACCUGCUCACUCUGGAGAAGGUGGAGGUGGAGAGGAAGCUAGAGACGACCACGAAGUCGAAGCUUUAUUACAAACAGCAGUGCGGACGAACGUUAAAGGAGCUGGCCAGGUUCAAACAGCGUGAACACGAAAACGCCAUGAAACAUCUGAAUAGGCAGCAGGCAGAGCUGGAGGCCUUAAGGCUGCGUUACUUGGUAACAGAGCAGAAGGAGGUGGUCCAUCGGGACCAGCAGGAGCUGGACAACAUCAGAAAUGGAGUCAACAGGUUAAGACAGCACGAGGACAGAGUGGACCCCCCACCCUCUCGCGCUGGCCCCGCUCCUACUCCCGCUCCCUCUCAGACUGUGAAUGAGAGCGCAGAUGAGCAUGUGACCCGGCUGUUAGAGGAGAGAGACACUCUGCUGAGGACGGGAGUCUACACACAUGAUGACAGAAUCAUCGUUGAGCUAAACCGGCAGAUACAGGAGGCCAUGAGGGACAGAAACCUUUGACAGCAGCCCAAACUGACUGGGACAGAGCAAAAGUAUUUAUUUAUUUAUGUAUUUGUCAGUUUUUCUGUCAAUGUCAGUACAUAGGUAUUGUUUCACUGAAAUACAGUACUCCCAAUGCAGUCUAUAAAGGAUUUCUAGCCAUGGUUAAUGUGCAGCGCUUAUCCCUGGUUAGGCAUUUAAGGAAAGACACACAUGAUAAAUCGAAGGCCUGACUAACUUAUCGACCUGAUGAUUUUAUUGGCCAAUUAUAAUCUAAUAAAAAUCAGUUAAUUGGCCAGUGAAAGAUGCUGAUGUCAACACUUGUUUUUUCACUAAUAAAGAGCAGGAGAUAGAA